UGUGUGCAAGUUCCACGUCUACCUCGUAGGGCUGAGGACCCCUUUAUAAACCAAUACCAGGUCACUGGGGAAGUCACACAACACUUGCCACCACAGAGAGACAGAGAGAAACACCUGCUCCAAACAGCCCAGUCAGCCAUUGAAUAAUCUAUUCUAUCUCCUCCUCUUUUGCUCACUUGUUCUUUCACCUCCUGGGACAUGAUGUGGAAAGCACUGGUAUUAGCUGUGUGUCUGCUGGUGGCUGGGGUGCAGGGGAUGGAGCGCCCCACGUAUGGAGUGAAGCUCUGUGGUCGGGAGUUCAUCCGGGCGGUCAUCUUCACCUGUGGAGGAUCUCGCUGGAGACGGUCACUCGGAAGUGCAGGAGACUUCCCUCAGGACCCUUUCAGCUCCCAUGACGAGGCCUUAUCUGAAGGUUGGAACCCAGACUCUCAGGUCCCCGAGGGUCCCUUCCAGCAGGUCCAAGAGGGUGGAGUGUUCAUCAGCAGGCCAGCCCGCUCCCUCAUCUCAGAGGAGGUAUUGGAGGCUCUCCGUAUGUCUGACCGUAAGGGCCGUGAUGUGGUGGUGGGCCUGUCCAACGCCUGCUGCAAGUGGGGCUGCAGCAAGGGAGAAAUCAGCUCCCUUUGCUGAGAAUCCACCCCUUUCUCGCCCCUCCCACGCACACACAUAGGCCUACACAUACAUGGUAUUUUCUCAUAUCUCUCUCUCUCUCUCCUUUUUUCAAACUGCUCUCCCCUCUUCCUAGUGUUUCCGAGUUAAAGUAUCAUGUUAACUGUGCAGGGAGAAUAUAACCUUAUUCUCCAUAUAGACCCAGUCGGUAUUAGAUAGAACGCCUGCCUGUAAAACAACCUAUGUUUACCUAGGUACAGGUACCCCCUGUAUAUAGCCUCGCUACUGUUAUUUUACUGCUGCUCUUUAAU